ACGACCACGACUCAGACCAGAGCGAUCAUGCGACCCAGACCAGGAGUGAUAGAGACAGCAGUUGUGCUUUGUUGUUUGGUUGGUGGUGUGGCGAGCUUCGCUACCCCCUCUCCAUGCCGACAACGGCAACGCUGUCAACAACAUCAUCAUGAUCCCCUUCAACAGCAGCGGCGAGGAGCUACUACAUGUACGCCAUGUCGUACCACGCACUGCCGUGGUAGCGGUAACGGCAGCAGCAGCCGGAUGGCCGGCACCGGAGAUGACUCUCAGGAACCUGCCACGGACCGCGUCGACAUCGAGGGAAUCGAGGCCAAGGGAGGCAAGGACGCCGCCGGAAUAUACGGUUUCGCCCGGGAGAUCAUCGAAAAGGAAGAGGCCUCGGCCCCCUUCCGAAGACUAAGACUCAUCGGAUACGCUGUGCCUGCCUUCAUCGCUAUCUUCUUGGCGGGCAUCUCUCUGGGAGGCAUGGCCGGUAUUGACGAGUUCAAGGAGGUCAGCGAGAACCUUCCCAACCCGCUCAUAGACGCUGGCGUUGUCGGUGCGGCGUUUUAUCUCUGGGUGGAAGAGGUGAAAACGAAACGGUCGUCGUUAGCGUUGCUCAAGAAGGAAUACGAAGAGAAAUCCAAGGUGCCGAACAGAAGCAGUCGGCGGAAAAAGAAGGCCUUCGGGAAGAAAGCUGCCGGAAAGAAGCCUGCCGCGGCGACGAAAGAGCCGCCGUCAUCGCCAUCCGCAGCAGUCGAGACGACCGCUGCCGGUGCGACCGAGCAAGAAGUGGGCCCUGCUCCUGGGAGGGGCAUGUUUGCAGGGGUAAAGGAGACGUUGGAGGCCGUCAACAAGCAGAGCUACUACCAAGCCCUGGCAUUGAACAAAGAGCUCGAGGAUAAAGGCGUCUUGCCGCCCUUGGAACGUACGCCAGGCCCUCCCGGCGGGGAGGAAGAGGUUGCUAUUGCCGAGGAGCGGUCGGAGGCACCUGAGUCGGCAGCAGGGGCAACGGCUGUGCAGGGCGAGGCAGAGACUGUUGCUUCUCCUGCUGAUGUUGCGUCGCAAGGCGGCGGGACGAAAAGACGAAAAAAGGGCAAAAAGGCCGGAAAGAAGGCGGGCAAGCGCAAUAAGUAGAGCCCGUUGUGUCCCGUGUUCGCUUGCGUUUGGUGUUGUG